AAAUGUCCACCGAGAGCCGAGAGUAGCAUGCUCUCAAGUCUGAUGGAAUUGGUAGCUCCGAUUCACUCUCUGGCUUUCUGGGAAGGAAAUUAGCAGCUUCUUUAAUCAAUCGAUUCUACCUAAUAUUAAUAAUUUUCCAGCGUAGUAUGGAGAAGACCAAACUCCCAUUUCUACUUAGCUCAUCCAAAUUCUAGCCUUGUAAGAUUGUAUCCAGUCUCUGUCGCCGUAGCGCAUUGUGUGCUCUGUUAUCGGACUUAAUUUAUAGAUGGGUUCAGCUAAUAUGUUGUCAAACAGUUGCCUUUCUCCGCUGAAGAUAGAUUUUCAGACAUUGUAGCUCAGAUGUACUUCAUUUCCUUCCGACAAGGUCGUGGGUUCAACAGUGUGAAGAGGAGACAUUCUUGACUUUGAUUGGAGAAAAAAAAGAAAAGAAAGGAAAACAAAGUGAUGGAUGAAGUGUCUCUCAACACUGAGCCCAUAGGUGAUGAUGAUGCUGAUGAGUUUGAGAUUGAAGGAGAUUGUGGAAUUGCGGAAUAUGUUGGUCAAACAGGUGCAAUCCAGGGAGAAAAUCCUAUCCCUCCUGCUGUUGGAAUGGAAUUUGAGUCCUAUGAGGAUGUGUAUUACUUUUAUAAUUGUUUUGCCAAAGAACAGGGAUUUGGGGUUAGAGUAAGUAAUACGUGGUAUAGAAAGAGUAAAGAGAGAUACAGAGGAAAGCUUAGCUGCAGUAGUGCAGGUUUCAAGAAGAAAAGUGAAGCAAAUCGGCCAAGACCUGAAACAAGAACUGGUUGUCCAGCAAUGAUAAAAUUCAGGUUGAUGGAAAACAGAAGGUGGAGAAUUAUUGAAGUUGAGCUUGAGCACAAUCACUUAAUUAGCCCAGCAAGUGGAAAAUUCUACAAAUCACAUAAACUCAUAGGUGCUGGAACAAAAAGAACGUUGCAAUUGGAUAGUCCUGAUGAAGUGCAGAAAAUUAAGAUGUAUCGCACUGUGAUAAUAGAUUCUGAGGGAAAUGGAGUAGUAGAUGAUGAAGGUGGAUUUAGAAACUUUGUCCAUUCCAAUCAGUUGAAGCUUAGAGAAGGAGAUGCACGAGGAGUUCAAGAUUUAUUUUGUCGCUUGCAGUUGAUGGAUCCCAACUUCUUUUAUGUGGUGGAUCUCAAUGAGAAAGGGUGUAUGAGGAAUUUAUUCUGGGCUGAUGCGAGGUCAAGGGCUACAUAUGGUUAUUUUGGUGACGUUGUUGCAAUUGAUACUACAUGCUUGAGAGACAAAUUUGAAGUGCCACUGGUUUCAUUUAUUGGAGUAAACCACCACGGGCAUUCCACACUACUGGGCUGUGGUUUGCUUGCAGGUGAGACUUCUGAAUCAUAUAUAUGGUUGUUGAGAGCCUGGAUUACAUGUAUGUUAGGACGUCCUCCGCAAGCUGUCAUCACUGACCAGUGCAGAAAUUUGCAAACUGCUGUUGCUGAUGUUUUUCCUAGAGCUUCACAUUGCCUUCAUUUGGCGUGUAUCAUGCAAAAAUUUCCAGAGAAUCUGGGAGGUUUGCUUGAAUAUGAAGCAAUUAAAGAAGCAUUGACUAGAAUAGUUUACUAUUUUCUGAGGCCUGAGGAAUUUGAAGCCGCUUGGGAGGAGAAAGUUCAACAUCAUGGAAUCAGGGAUCAUAAAUGGAUCCAAGCUUUAUAUGAAGAUAGGAAAAGGUGGGUUCCUGCUUAUGUGAAGGAGACAUUUUUGGCAGGCUUGUUGCCAUUCCAGCAAAAUGAGAUGGUGCCUUCAAUUUUUGAAGGGUAUCUGGAUAAGCAUACUCCUCUAAAAGAUUUUUUGGCCAAGUAUGAUCAAGCUCUACAGAUGAAUCUUCAGCUUGAAGCCUUAGCUGAUAUGGAUUCAAGGAAUUCAAGUUUAGUGCUAAAAUCUAGGUGUUAUUUUGAGCUGCAACUUUCAAAGUUGUACACAAAUGAAACAUUAAAGAGGUUUGGAAAGGAGGUGGAGGGCAUGUACGCUUGUUUUAGCACAAGACAGGUAACUAUUGACGGGCCAUUGAUCACAUACAUAGUCAAAGAACAAGUUGAAGUUGACGGCAACAGGCAGGAGACAAGAGACUUUGAGGUUAUGUAUAAUGCAUCUGAAAUGGAUGUUCUCUGUGUUUGUGGUUUGUUCAACUUUAAGGGAUAUUUAUGUAGGCAUGCUUUAAGUGUCCUUAACCAAAACGGCUUGGAGGAGAUUCCACCUCAGUACAUUCUUACAAGAUGGAGAAAAGAUGUGAAGAGAUCCUAUGCCGUCGAUCACAGCUCUGGCGGUAUCGAUACUAAUAACCCAGUUCACAGGUAUGACCAUUUGUACAAAUGUAUUGUGAGAGUUGUAGAGGAAGGGAGGAAAUCACAGGAUCGCUACAAGGUUACUCUGCAAGGUUUGGGUGAGAUAUUAAACAGGCUUCACCUUGUAGAAGAUUAGUUAUGUAAAUGGUUAGGGGCCUUGAUGGCUAUUGGCUAGUUAUGUGAAUCUAUAAGUUUGUGAAUCAUUUUGUUGGUUCUAUGUGUA